AUGGCAGAUCCUUCAGGUACCCUAGGUGGGCGUGAAAUUGCUCAGGCUCGUUUAGCUAAAUUACCACCUUUUUGGAAAGAAAACCCAACACUUUGGUUUUCGCAGGACGCCAUGUUCGCGAUAUCUCGUAUCACUGCCGACACUACUAAAUUUCAUUACAUUGUGGCUAACUUUAACACCGAACCACUACCUUUUGUCUCUGACAUUAUUACAAAUCCACCUGCUCAAGAUAAAUAUGAUACUCUGAAAGAGCGUUUGAUUAAUUUCUUCUCUGAGACUAAUGAGUCCAAACUACGUCGAAUGUUCAGAGGCGUCGAGUUUUUCGACGAGAAACCAUCAAAUUUCCUCCAACGUCUCCGAAAUUUGGCUGGCAACCAAGUAGGUGACACUGUUCUACGUACCUUGUUCUUGGAACACCUGCCUGAACAAGUUAGGGGCAUCCUGUCCAUCAGUGAGGUAGCGGAUCUCACACGCUUAGCCCUGCAGGCCGAUAAGAAUAUGGAAGUCACAAAGCCUACUAUAUUUGUCAUCGACAAAUAUCCCAGUUCCAGUGCCUCAACAACAGCAUCUAAGCAAUCAAUCUCCAAUAACAGUAACCUGUCGGUUACUCUGGAAAACCUCACAGCCCGAAUUGAUGCAAUAACACAAAACUUUGAACAUCUAGAUCAGCAUGAAAAGAAACAACAAAAACCAAAUCCAAAUCCAUCUGUGAUCGAAAAUAAUGUAUCAAAUUCCAAUGAUAAUGCAAGUAAUAAUCUAGAGGUUGGCUACAGUAUUGCUCCUACUUCGACAAUUCAAACUGAUGAUGAUGAUAUUACUGAACCUGACGUUGUUGAAGAAUUGGAGCAUUUGGAGCCCUCGACAUCCUGUACAAUAGAGGAAAGCAGCGAAGAUGAUGAUAAUAAUAAUGCUACACAUUCAGACAGAAAAACUAAGAAUACAUCACAGAAUCCUAGGAAAAGAAAAAGAAAAAGCGGGUUUGAAAAGAAACAACAAAAACCAAAUCCAAAUCCAUCUGUGAUCGAAAAUAAUGUAUCAAAUUCCAAUGAUAAUGCAAGUAAUAAUCUAGAGGUUGGCUACAGUAUUGCUCCUACUUCGACAAUUCAAACUGAUGAUGAUGAUAUUACUGAACCUGACGUUGUUGAAGAAUUGGAGCAUUUGGAGCCCUCGACAUCCUGUACAAUAGAGGAAAGCAGCGAAGAUGAUAAUAAUAAUGCUACACAUUCAGACAGAAAAACUAAGAAUACAUCACAGAAUCCUAGGAAAAGAAAAAGAAAAAGCGGGUUUGUAAGUUCCUGGCUGAACAUUCCUAAGUUCAAGGGUUGGUUAGAAAAAUCUUCAAAACCAGCCAGUCAAGGGAAUUUCGCCUUCUGUAAAGUAUGCAAUAUUGAUGUAGUAGCGCACAAAACUGUCUUAAUAAAACAUUCCUGUAGUGCAAAACACAAAUUAAAUUGGCAAAAAGUAUCAACAAGCACAAAAAUCACAGAUCUCUAUGUAGCUAAGAGAGAAGAGGUUGCCGUGAAAAUUGCCGAAAUAAAAUUAUGUGCGCUUUUUGCUACGAAGAACCUACCUUUUUUGUUAAUGGAUUCUUUGUCCCCACUUUUAAAAAAUAUCUUUCCGGAUUCAAAAAUUGCGCAACAACUCAGUUUAAAAAGAAGCAAAGCCACUGCCAUUAUAUGUAAUAGUUUAGGCGAUAAUUUUCUUACAGAUUUGCAUAAUAAAUUAACUGAACCAGGAUUUUUCUUUUCACUGAUAAUGGAUGAAACCACCGAUAUUUCUGUCAAAAAACAAUGUGCUUUUUCAGUGAUAUUUUAUGAUAAAAAUGUAAAUUUGAUACAAUUGAACUUAUGAAAACUUUUGGAAUAUGUAUUAUGAAUUGGACAAAUUUUCAUUAUGUUAUGUGAUUACUAUUAUGUUUAUGAAUCCUUUAUGACUAUGUCCAUUUAUAUUAUUUAUGCCUAUUAUGAAAUUUAUGACUCGUUUGUUAUCAUUUACAAACCAUUAUGAAUUAUUAUGAUCUUUUAUAUAUUAUGAAGUUUACCAUAUUUUGCUUAUGAUAUUAUUUAAUUACAUUUUUAUUGUAUUUUCAUUAUAUUCUUUACGGUUUAGAUCGGGACGAUCUUAUGUCAGGCUAGCCGAAGUUGUAGCAUUUAAAUUUGAAUUUCGCGCGCCAAUUUACAGUUCUCUUCUUUACCGUCUUAUUUUUGAUUUGGCAACACUGCUCUCGGUGAUGACAGAAGUGACAUCCCGUAAAAGGUGACAAUGUCAAUGCCAGUUUUUGGCGCGGACAUUCUAUUAGAUUCCAGAACGAAAACGUGCAUUAUUAAGUUAUGUUAAUUAGUUUUUGCUCCCAAUUAUGAUUAUUAAAGUCUAUUUAAAUUA